UCCUAAAGCGCCGAAGAGUGAGGUGAGGCAGAGCUCAUUCAGUGGGAUCGUUGAGCGGCGCAGCUCCUCGGAUUUAACGAACAGAAAAGCCCUCCGUUUGGUGUGAGAAGCGCUCCUGUCCUGGACCGCUGUGCGCCCUGCAGCUCGCUGUGGCUCAACACCUCUGAGGCGGAUACGGAAAGAUCCUGCGAGGGGACAAGACCAAAAACUUUUUUCAUCCUGGUUUUCAACAAAGUGCCAACAGUAUGCCUAAACAAGUUGAGGUGAGGAUGCACGAGAGUCACCUGGAGCCCAUUGAGGCCAGGCCUCAGUCCAAAUGUGCCAACAUCUGCUCCAAGAUGUUCAAGAACCUUCUGCUCACACUCACCGUCCUCGGUGUGAUCUUGGGAGCUGUAUCAGGGAUGUUGCUUCGUGUCGCCUCCCCGAUCCACCCAGAUAUUGUCAUGGUGAUUGCUUUUCCCGGAGACAUCCUGAUGAGAAUGCUGAAGAUGUUGAUCCUGCCUCUCAUCAUCUCCAGUUUAAUCACAGGUCUGGCCGGUUUGGAUGCCAAAUCCAGUGGUCGCCUUGGCACCAGAGCUAUGGUCUACUACAUGACCACCACUGUUAUUGCUGCUGUCUUGGGAGUCAUCCUGGUGUUAGUCAUCCACCCCGGCAACCCCAAACUGAAGGAGAAUCUGGGCGAGGGCGAGAAAAACGACGAAGUGUCCAGCUUAGAUGCCUUCUUUGAUCUGAUCAGGAACUUAUUCCCAGAGAACCUGGUGCAGGCCUGUUUCCAACAGAUCCAGACCGUCACAAAGAAGGUAGAGGUGGUCAUUGAGGAGGAUGUCAAUGCCACCACCAUGGAGGGCCUGGUGGCUAAUAUUACCAAGGAUCCUCAGUUCAUUGUCAAAAAGUCCCUGCAGUUCAAAAGUGGCAUGAAUGUACUGGGUCUGAUUGGUUUCUUUAUUGCAUUUGGCAUCUGCAUGGGCAAGAUGGGAGAGAAGGCCAGACUCAUGCUUGAAUUCUUCAGUAUCCUCAAUGAGAUUGUGAUGAAACUUGUCAUCUGUAUCAUGUGGUACUCUCCCUUUGGUAUUGCCUGUCUCAUCUGUGGUAAGAUCAUCUCCAUCAAGGACCUGGAGGUGGUGGGCAGGCAGCUGGGUAUGUACAUGGUGACUGUGAUUAUUGGCCUCAUCAUCCACGGAGCAAUCUUCCUGCCCGCCAUCUACUUUGCUAUUGUCAGAAAAAACCCCUUCACCUUCUUCCUGGGCAUCUUCCAGGCCUGGAUUACUGCCCUGGGGACAGCCUCCAGUGCUGGUACACUGCCUGUCACCUUCCGUUGUCUGGAGGAGAACUUAGGUAUUGACAAGAGAGUCACUCGUUUUGUGCUCCCAGUCGGUGCCACCAUCAACAUGGAUGGAACUGCUCUGUAUGAGGCGGUUGCAGCCAUCUUCAUCGCCCAAAUGAACGGCAUCGUACUUGACCCUGGUCAGAUUAUCACUGUCAGCCUGACAGCCACCCUGGCCAGUGUUGGAGCGGCCAGUAUUCCCAGUGCCGGCCUGGUGACUAUGCUCUUGAUCCUGACCGCUGUAGGCCUGCCAACCCAAGACAUCAGUCUGCUGGUUGCUGUUGACUGGCUGCUGGAUCGAUUCAGGACAUCGGUGAACGUGGUGGGUGACUCCUACGGUGCAGGCAUCGUGUACCACCUCUCCAAGGCUGAGCUUGAGGAGCUGGACGCACACGCUGCCAAAUCCGACGACAUUGAAAUGAUGACGAAGACCCCGUCUUAUUACGAUGACAUGAAGAACCACCGCGAAAACAAUUCCAACCAGUGCGUCUUAACCUCUACCGCUACCGCUAGCACUACCUCUACCGCUACCGCCACUGCUAACAAUUCUGUCGUAGUAGAUGAAUGCAAGGUACAAUUAAUGCUUUCGGACAUAGAGACUUCUAUAUAACCGUCUUUGUUGUUGCAUGCUCACCCUGCACGUUUGCUUGACUGAGGAACAACAGAUGCAUGUGUACGUAUGUAUUUUCUUUUUCUGGAAUAGCAGCUUUUAUGUUGAACGAACACCCAAAAAAUUUAAAGCGCUCUUGCCAAAAGUUUGUUUUUAAUUACACAAACUAAAAAAAAUGAGUGCGUGCAAAUGAGGAAUCCUGCUCUAUAGUUAGCCGGAUCUGAUGACUGUGACCUGUCGGGGAUUGGCUCUCUCAUUUAAAAGGCAGAGCCAGAUAAUCCUCAUCAUGACUCUGAGGAAUUAUUUAGCAGCCCUCUCAUCUAUCAAAAGU